CUUUAUGCGAGCCAGGAAAUGAUCACAAUUGAAAUUUCCGAUUUCGUUGGUGUUCCGUACGAUUCAUGAUUUCGUAGCGGUAACGAACGGUGUUACGAAUUACAAAAUAAAAUAUGGCAGCGGUCGCGCCAGUAAGUCUGUAUUUUGUCUCUAUUCGACGACAGUCUGACCGAGAAUAUUUACGCUGAAAACGGUGAAAACCGAUUUGUUGAGAUUGAUCUAUAAUGCAGAGUCAGGCUGCAGAACCUAAAGAAGUUGGGUCUGAUAGCGAUGAUCCGGGGGAGUCUUCGCUUUCAGACCAGGAAACUGUGGAAAGUACUCUUGCAUCAUUCAGAGAAAAAUGGCAGCGUGAGCUUCAAAUAUCACCUAAAAGGGAAUCUAGUAAACAACAUCCUUCUCAGUUUACUGCCAAUAUUUCAUCAGAAGAUGAGACAUCAACUGAAAAUAAGGCUAAAAUGUUAUUCCUCAAAGGCAUAGAGCAUGAGCAAACUGGCAAACUAUAUGAAGCUAUACAGUUUUAUAAACGCGCAGUACAACUUGUACCUGAUAUAGAGUUUCGAUUGUACGAAUCAUCAAAGCCAAAACUGCGAGAAAGACUCGAGUCUGAUAAUAGGAUAGAUGUACAAGUAGAAGAACUGGAUGAAAAGGCAGAUGAUGAAGAAAAUGAUGAAGAUGAUGUAGAUUUACUUACAAAAGUAUCACGAAUAAUCUGCAGAAAUCGAUGUGUUUGCUAUCCACAAUUUGAACAAAGCGCAACACAUAUCUCAGCCUUACCAACAGAGAUAAUAUUGUAUAUUCUUAGAUGGGUUGUAUCUUCUGAGCUUGAUUUAAGAUCUUUGGAGAUGUUUUCGAAAGUAUGUCGGGGCUUUUUUGUGUCUGCUAGAGAUGCGGAGAUUUGGAGACUCGCGUGUGUGAGAGCUUGGGGAGUAAACUGUGGUACAUUCGAGCCCCAAUACCGAUCAUGGAGACAAAUGUAUCUAGAACGUCCAAGGCUUCGUUAUAACGGUUGUUAUAUCAGUAAAACAUCUUAUAUACGUCACGGAGAGAAUAGUUUUCAGGAUCAGUUCUAUCGACCCUGGCAUCUGGUUGAAUACUUUAGGUACCUCAGAUUUUUCCCAGAGGGACGAGUAUUAAUGCUUACAUCAACAGAUGAAGCUCAGACUUGUGUAAAUGCUCUAAAGCAACGCAGCCCCAGAAGUCCAGCAGUUUUGAUAGGACAUUACCGACUUCUUGACAACUGUGUUAUUUUGAUUUUGAAACACCAAGAGACAAAAGGAAAUAAUGUAGUAUAUCGACGUAAAAGACGAGAUCCCAUUCACGACAGUGGCGAACAAACCUUCCAUCUGGAAUUUGAAAUCGAAAACUUACAUAAACGCGCCAACUCACAAUUGGUGUGGAAAACUUACCGUAUAUUCACCAAAUACAGGAACGGGCAAGAGUCUUGUACACAUUUGAGUCUGAAAAACAACUUGUAUCCUCCUUUCAAAUUUAGUCGAGUCAAAAGUUAUACUAUGGAGAGCGAAGCACCCUUGCAAUGAAUACCCUCCCCGAAAUAUUUUUCAGGGCUCAGUACCCACGCCAUAUUUUAACAAGGUGAUCGUGAGAAAUUAUCUAAUUUGCAUAUAAAUGAUGUAUAAUAUGUGAUUUUCAAGCAUAAGGUUUUUUUGGAUCAUUUUUUAUUAUUGUAAAUAUUUUAAUAUUUGUCGAUAAUUGAAUAUGAUCACAAUUAUCUGGAUUACUAUUUCGUGAUCAGUAAUGAAAAUGUAAACAAGGGUGUCUGUUACAGAAAUAUUUUGUUGUUUGAUAUUUGAAGAGCAAGAAUUUCAAGUCUGUUCAGUCUUUCAUGGGCCACUCUGUACAUAUUAUGCAUAAAUAAUAAAUUAUAUGUCUAAUGUU